AUGAAACCAGUUCAUUUUGCUGUCAUAUCAAUUCGUGGUAUGACAUGCAACUCAUGUGUAAAGCUUAUCGAAUCAGUGAUUAAAAACAAGUUCGAAAUAAUAUACAUAGAUAUCUCACUUAAAUCUGCUCGGGCCGUGAUCAUUUAUGACGAAGAAAGCAAUAUUAAUGCGGAGUGUUUUGCUACCACUGUUAAUAAUAUGGGUUUCGAGGCACAAGCAGUGUAUGAAAUGGAAAAUUCCGCUGAAUAUCAAGAUAAGAUGCAUGGUAAGGCCUUGGAGACUUGCCUGAGUCUUGAGUGUCUCACACCAGAUAACUGUGAAGAUUCUAUUCACCAGUGUCUACAAGGUCUUCAUGGUGUAAUUGCUUUCCGUGUCAGUACGUCAUCAUCUACUGUAGAAAUAUGGCACUUACAACAUGUAACAGUUUUUGAUCUAACAAACAGUAUUAAUAUGACGGGAAUAAAAGCUACAUUGAAACCUCAAUCAUAUAUAUACAAAAAUAAACCGAUUUUAAUCGAUGAGUUACCUUCAUUUGUGUUACCUAAAUCCCAAUCACAUAUAAAAAUAUCUGAAAAAGCAGAUUUGGAAAGAUUUACCCACAUCCCAUUGAAUCUUUUGAUCGUACAACAUAAUGAUGCAGUUAGUAUCGACAGGGUGGAUGAAUUACUUAGUACAUAUCAUAAUUCUUUGAACCUCAGCUACAAUCUACAUGUUCUAGCUUCAUCUCAAAAUGGAAGACUUCUGACAUUGGACAUUUCUUUUCUGGAAACGGAUACUGUUUCAUCUUCUGUUCAUUACAUUAAAUUACUCAGACAAAUUUCUGACUUUUUAACUUCUAAACAGUAUCCAACUGCCCGACUGAUACUAUUUAAUUCAUCCUCAAGUAAUUCUGAGAAAGAAAUUUUAUCUAAACAGUUUGAACCAAAGGUUGCAAGUUAUCAGUUUGAGAAUAAUUCACUUCAAGUGAAUAAUUACGAAAUCAUGAUUUCUUUAUACGGUAUGCAUUGUAAUUCAUGUGUACGAAAAAUUGAAUCCCAUUUUAAUGAAAAGUCAAUUAGAGAAUUAUACAAUCUGAAAGAAUGCCGUGCAAUAUUAUCAAAUGAAGAAGCCAAAUUUGUUAUAGAAAAAGAUUUCAAGGUGAUGGCCUCAGCAGAAAAUUAUUUUGCUCAAACAGCCUCUGAUUUAUUGAAAAUUGACGUAGUAAAAUUGCAUUCCGAAAUAAAACAGCUUGGUUUUACAACAUCAGUUACUACAGAUGAUACAACAACAGACUCAGAUGCUCAUACGUCUGAUAAGAAAGAUAAUAUUGCUGCAACUAAAAUAAAACACAUGUCUGAAAUUCCACCUGACUCGCUAACUACACAGCAGCAUUCAUUACCACUAGAUAGUGCAGUCAGUGGAGACAAACAAAAUUCUUUUAAGAAUCCUGUUUAUUUUUCUAGUUCAGACGGUCAGUUAUCCUUUAUGGAAAGUAAAGAGAUCAAGUCAAAUUCACAUUACAGCAAGUGUUAUUUGCGUGUUACAGGAAUGACAUGUAGCUCUUGUGUACAUACUAUUGAACAAAGUUUGUUAAAAUUACAAGGUGUUCAUUCAGUUCUUGUUGCAUUGAUUGCUAUGAAAGCAGAAAUUACGUAUGAUCCAUCUGUAAUAAGUGUUAAACAAAUAAUUAAACGUGUUCAAGAAUUAGGUUUCUUUGCGGAAUUAUUAGAACGACAUGACGACGGUGGAAAUGGUAGUCAAAAUCGUGGUAUCGUUCACUUCAAGAUCCAUGAUAUUACUAAUUAUUCGCAGUGUACAACGAUUGAAUCAGCACUGAUUAAAGUUAAAGGUGUACAUAAUGCUGUGCUAAACUUCCACACUAAAUGUUUACGUGUUGUGUAUAUUCCAAAUGAAAUUGGGCCUCGUGAUAUUAUGAAAAAGAUUGAAGAUUUAGAUUAUAGUCCCGUGUUACAUCGACCUGAACAAAAAAAUUUACAAGAAUCCGAUUCUCUACUAAGAUGGCGCAGAUCAUUCUAUUUCAGUUUAUUCUUUGCAUUACCAACUAUGAUUAUAAUGAUGAUAUUCAUGUUACUAUGGCCGCAUAAUGCACCCGAAAGCUGUCCACAACAUUUUCGUCAGAGAUCCUUCGAUCAUUCCAUGUAUUAUAAUGAUAAUAUGAAUAGUAAUAAUAGUAAUAAUAAUCUGAAUAAUUCUCUCAAUUCUGCUUUGCACACAACAAUUCAGUAUUCCACCACACCUAUGAUAAUAUCUGGUUUAUCGCUUGAAAAUAUGCUUAUGUUUUUACUAGCUACACCAAUUCAGGUAUUUGGUGGUCGUUAUUUUUAUAUUCAUGCUUAUAAAUCUCUACGACAUGGUAUGGCUAAUAUGGAUGUAUUAAUUGUGAUGGCUACAUCAAUCGCUUAUACAUAUUCUGUGAUCGUUUUGUUAAUUGCAAUCGUCAAUCAAUGGCCGCAUAGUCCUCGAACUGUCUUUGAAACUUCACCAAUGCUAUUCGUAUUUGUAUCACUGGGUCGAUGGUUAGAGCAUAUUGCUAAGGGCAAGACAUCAGAAGCUCUUACAAAGCUACUUUCACUUCGUGCGACAGAAGCUACUGUAGUAGAUUUGUCUCCAUCUGGAAGACAAAAUCUCAACGAGGCUAUAAUGCGAAGAGAUAAUCAAAAUAAACAACCGCCAACAACUCUGUUUUCUAGUGGAGUGGAAAAACGGAUCCCUAUUGAACUUGUUCACCAAGAUGAUAUCAUUAAGAUCCUACCAGGUGAAAAAGUACCUGUUGACUGUCGAAUCCUAAUCGGUUCAACAUCUUGUGAUGAAUCAUUAAUCACUGGCGAAAGUAUGCCUGUUACUAAGAUACCAGGAUCUGACUUAAUUGGUGGCUCUAUAAACCUAGCCAGCAUUGUAUGGGCAAAGGUAACUCAUGUUGGCGAAGAUUCUGCCUUAGCCCAAAUCGUCCGGCUUGUUGAAGAGGCACAGACAUCAAAAGCUCCAGUACAACAACUUGCUGAUCGCAUUGCUGGCUAUUUUGUUCCAUUUGUAUGCAUUGUAUCUUUGACAGUUUUCAUUUUAUGGAUUUUGCUAGGCUUUCUAUUUCCAACAAGUAUAAAAGGUUAUGAGCAUGGUUGCUCCAUUGCUUUGCUGGCUGUUGAUCACGCUUUUCGAAUGGCUAUCACUGUGCUGACCAUUGCUUGUCCAUGUGCUUUAGGCUUAGCAACUCCAACAGCUGUUAUGGUAGCGACAGGAACAGGUGCAUUGGCUGGUAUAUUAAUCAAAGGUGGUCAACCACUGGAAAAUAUGCGUAAAUUAACCACUAUAGUGUUUGACAAGACAGGAACUAUCACUCAAGGACGACCAGAAGUUGUGAGAAUUGUCAUGUUUGUACCGCCUGGUGAACUGCUAAAACGAAAAGAAUUAAAUGAGAAUGAUCCAUCUGAUCCAUGUGUACUAGCGCCAGUUUCAUUAUAUAAACCUCAAAUUUGUUCAAAUAUAUCACCUAGCCGAUUUUUGUAUUUAAUAGCCAGUGCUGAGUCAACAGUACAACAUCCAGUUGCCAAAGCUCUAGUCUCUAUAGCACGAACAUUUCGUCGGUUUUCAUCAUCGGCAUCAUUAAUUAAUUCAAAUGAUACAAUGUUAAAUUUAUCUAAUGAUAAGGAAAAAAAUACCGGUGAUGCAAUUCAAUAUGACACAUCUACUGAUUUUGCAAAAAUUUCGAAAAUUAAAACAAUUUCUGGAUUAGGCGUAAAAUGUGAUGUCGACGUUGUCCCAUAUGAUUGUCCACCAGGUCCUGAAUUACCUCGACCAUAUAAUUUUAUCAACAGUCAUAGUAAUACUAAUGUUAAUGAUAAUAGUGUUAAUCUGUUAAAACAAUUACCAGAUAGACAGUAUACUGAAAUGAAUGUCAAUGCAGCCUUACAAGUAAAACUAACUUAUGUGUCAUGUAUGUGGCCAACGAAAAAUAAAACCUCACCUGAUAUCAAUGAUGAUGAUAAUAAUAAUGAUAAUUCUAGAAUUGAGAAUAUUCAAGGAUAUAAUAAUCAUUUACAAAAUAUGAAUUCUACAAAUCUUUCAACUAAUGAGUUAGAAACAUAUCGAAAAGAAGUGGAUAAUAAUAAAAAUCAUAUCAGUGAAAAUAAUCCACAACAGCUUCUCAAUGGAUCAGAAAGUAUUAAAUGGGCAGAUUGUACUGAGGGUGGUAUUUAUUCUGUAGUUGUUGGUAAUCGUCAGUGGUUAAAACAGAAUAAUAUAGCAUUACCUAUAUUUUUAUCUACUGAAUAUUUACCUCAUGGACGUGAAUUAAACAAAAAUAUUCGCAACAUUCCAACUUUAGAAUCAUUAGUUGAAGUUGAUGAAUCACAGGGUCAUACAGUUGUUUUUAUUGCUAUAGACAAUAAACUUGUUGGUUUAGUGAGUAUAUCAGAUCCAGUGAAAUCGGAAGUUGAUUUAACUGUUGCUGCAUUACAUCAUCGUGGCAUACGUGUAGCAUUGUUAACAGGUGAUAAUUAUCGAUGUGCUAAUGCAGUCGCCCGUCAAGUUGGUAUACGUGAAGUCUAUGCGGAAGUACUGCCUGCCCAUAAAGCGGAUAAAAUAAGAGAAUUACAAAAUUCUUCUAUACGUCAAUUAAGUAAAGAUGAACAAUCCAAAAAGAAAAAGCAAAUGAUGAGGAUGAAAUCAAAGGGUUUUGUUUUAAAAAAAUGUGAUUCCUCAAUUAAUUAUAGAGAAAACCCAAAUAUGAAUAAAUCAGCAAAACAAUAUCGUUUUAAGUAUAAAGUUGAACCAUUAAUGUUUAAAACACACACUGACAAUUAUUCAUCACCGCAUUCUUCAAGUGAAUAUACUUUUUCAAGUGAUGAAUAUAUUUCAGAUGAUGAAUUUAGUGCUGAUCAUAAUAAUAGGUAUAAUUCUCAUGUAAAUCAUGGACCGAAAUCAACAAAACACCAAUAUUCCAUUACACAAAAGCUUAAAAUAUUGAUAAGUGGAAAUAGGUUGUAUAGAUCUUGUUGUUGUUGUUGUUAUGCCAAUGAAUUUACUUUAGAAUGUGGUAGUGAUCGUCAAUCAACGUCUUUCCGUCAUCGACAAGCACAACGUCGUGAAAAUUUUAAACAGAAUAAUUCAUCUGUUUCACCACAUUCAAAGUAUAAACGACAAUUUGUCGCAAUGGUCGGUGAUGGAGUGAAUGAUAGUCCUGCUUUAGCUCAAGCUGAUGUUGGCAUUGCAAUUGGUCGAGGAGCAGAUGUUGCUGUAGAAGCUGCUGAUGUUGUAUUAAUACGCAACUCUUUAAUUGAUGUAGUUGGUGCGAUUGACUUGUCAAAAACAACUGUACGCCGGAUACGUUGUAAUUUUGUUGCCGCAACCUUAUACAAUUUGAUCGGUAUACCCAUAGCAGCUGGAUGUUUACUGCCAUUUGGAAUAGAAUUGACACCUUGGAUAGCAUCUGCUGCAAUGGCUGCUUCAUCUCUCUCCGUAAUUUGCCUGUCGUUACUCUUAAGACGUUGGAGGAAACCAACAUCAGCAUCACUUGUCUGUCCUGAAUAUGUGAAAUUCCUUGCUUCUCCGCGGUUACCCGAUAUCAAGAUAAAAACCAGGCAAAGACGGGACAGCCAGUUAUCAUCAGGACUUCAUAGCCUAGCAGAUAAGGCAUUAUCUUUACGCAAUAGUUGGCGUAGUCUGCUUACUCGUCGUAGUCCACCAGUGUGUAACAAUUCUGAAGCAGUUGACAGUCAGAACUUAUUAGACACCUCUGGUGAUGGAAACGAAUCCGAAGAUGAAUUAAUAAGAAAUCCAGUAAUGAAUAGAUCAGUAACAUCAUUACGUGUUCAACAUCAUGCUGAAAAAAAUAAUCCAUCAUUUGAAAUGAGAAGAACGUGCAGUUUUAGUAAUCGAAGACGUCCAUAACCUUUUACUUCCACCACUUUUUUUGGAAAUUAUUCAAUUAAUAUUCACGCACCAGACAGAAUUCCAAAGGAAGAAAGUUGUGGUCCCUUUUCUUCCGCGGUACUUAUAUAGUCAGCUUGCCUUCUAAGUAUCAUACAAUCUUAGGAAAAAUUUGAAUCUACCAGUCAUUUGUUAUUAGCACUGUUUGAUUGACUAUUUCAGUUCUUGUUAUUUUUUACAACUCUGUGCAUAUUUUCCUCUUACCACCUUUAUUUUUAGUAUAUUUUGUUUAUUUCUUUCGCGAUCUGUAAACUUAGUCUAUUCAUUCUCCUAAAAGUAUAAAACUACCAUUACUUUCUUUACACAUAAUAUUUUUGACUGUGAAAUUUCAUUUCGCGUUCAUUUGUAAUUCGUUUAUGCAUUGCCGUUAUUGUGUUUAAUUAUAUAAAUAAUAUUGAUUACUGUUUAACUAUAGCUUUAAAAAUGAUAAUAUUUCGUUUUCCUGUGAUUCUUUUCUCCUUUC